AUGACAUUGAAUCCAAAGACCACUAAAUUUGAAUUUGGUGGGCCUCUAGGAGUCACCGUAUUAACUAUCUUCCUACCAAUCUUAUCAGUGGUAUUAAAUGAACUUAUACGCUCAGAUUAUUACAUCAAGGGUAUUUUCCAAAAUUUUUCAAUCAAUGAAACAUUGAAAAACAUCACUCCCUUCUCCUCAUUAUUACAAUUAACUUUCAAUAAACAAGUUUGGACAUAUUACUUAACUUGGUUCAUCUCUUUGUUGGUCUUUGAUACCAUAUUACCGGGGAAGUACAUGAAUGGUUGUGAAUUAAGAGAUGGUACAAAACUUACUUAUAAGAUUAAUGGUAUAAGUAUGGUCACUUUAUUAAUUUUGAUCCUUUCCGUUAGAUGGAAUUUAACUAAUGGUACCAUGCCUGAAUUACAAUUCUUAUAUGAUCAUAUUUUGGAAUUAUGUCUAGUUACUAUUGUAUUUGCAUUCAUCUUAAGUAUCUAUUGUUACGCGGUUAGUUUUAUUCCUUUGUUAGGGAGUAAAAGAAAUGGUCAAGACGGCAAGGAAAAGGUAUUAGCCGUGGGAGGGAACUCGGGCAACUUAAUUUAUGAUUGGUUUAUUGGGAGAGAAUUAAAUCCAAGAUUUUUCUUUAACAUAAUUGAUAUAAAGAUGUUUUGUGAAUUAAGACCUGGUAUGUUAUUGUGGUUAUUGAUUAACUUGUCAUGUUUACAUCAUCAUUAUUUAAUGAAUGAUGGAGAGAUUAAUGACGCUUUAUUGUUAGUUAACAUAUUGCAAGCAUUUUAUAUCUUUGAUGGCGUCUUGAAUGAAGAAGGUGUUCUUUCAAUGAUGGAUAUUACUACUGAUGGGUUUGGAUUCAUGUUAGCCUUCGGUGAUUUAACUUUUGUACCAUUCACAUAUUCAUUGCAGGCAAGAUAUUUGAGUGUGUCACCAAUCACUUUGGGUUAUACCAGAUGUAUAUUAAUUUCAACAAUAAUGUGUAUUGGUUAUUAUAUUUUCCAUUCAUCAAAUAUGCAAAAAUCAAAUUUUAGGCAAGGGAAAUUGGAAAAUCUGAAAAGUAUUCAAACUAAACGUGGUACAAAACUAUUAUGUGACGGAUGGUGGUCGAAAUCUCAACAUAUUAACUAUUUCGGUGAUUGGUUGAUAUCAUUAAGUUGGUGUUUAACUACUUGGUUCCAAACUCCAUUGACAUAUUAUUAUUCCAUAUAUUUUGCUACAUUAUUAAUGCAUAGACAAAUAAGAGAUGAAGAAAAAUGCCAUGCAAAAUAUGGUAAAAGUUGGGAAGAAUAUCAAAGGAAAGUUCCAUACAAGAUCAUCCCAUAUGUAUAUUGA